AUGGGUGGUGCAGGCUCAAGAAUGUCCUGGAGCUGGUUCAGAUAUGGUUUCAAAUGGUACCCUAAUUCUCAAACCUUCCCCCAACCUGGAGAAGGUGAAAUCGACUUUCUCAACAACGUCCCGACCUUACAGGACUGCGCCAACCACUGUGCUGUCAAUGCAAACUGUAAGGCUUCUGUAUGGAACGACGUAACCCACGAUUGUCGCCUCAUCAGUGACACGGAUGGUUGUCAAGAUGAAGAACCCUCCCAGCACUCUCUUUGGAGGGUUGGCUUCAUUGAUGACGCUGGUACUGUCGGAUGUUCUCAACAAGAAAUUGACGCCAAAUGUGCUGAUAAAGAAACUACUGCACGCCUCAAGGCUGAAAAUGAGUGCACCGCGGGCAACGAUGGCCUCCGGGCCGAAAUUGCACGCCUUCAAGCCGAAAACACAGCCCUUCGCGCUACCAAGAAUGAGGCAGAACGGAAGUUGGCCGAUGCACAAACGACCAGAGACGAGGAUCAGAAACGUCUCAACAAGCAGUGUCAAGACAAACUCAAUGACGAAAUCGAGAAGCGUCGAAAGGCUGUCAAGGAAGCGCGGGAAGACGCCGAACGCAACUGCAGGUCAAAACAAGAAAAUGAACACCGGAGACAACUUGAUGACCUCAGACAAGAAUGCGCCGAUAAAGCAAACGCAGAUAAGGAAGAGCGCGACCGUAUCGAGAGCCAAUGUGCCGAGGAUCGGAAACGUUGUGCCGACGGUUAUGACAAGCUCACUCAGAGAUGCAUUGAUGACCUGUCCAAGGCCGACCAGAAGCAGAAGGAUAACGACAGGAAAUGCAAUGAAGCUAUCCUACAAAAGGAUGGUCAAAUUCAGCAAUGCACUGAUAACCUGAACACUGUCAAAGACCAACAGAAACAGUCAGAGAACCAAUGCCAGACAGAGAAAGCCAACCUCCAAAAGGCUUGCGAUAAUAUCCGUAAAGCUGACAAGACGCUCUUGGAGGCCACAUGCCAAGCUGAAAAGGAUAUCAUCAACAAGCAAUGCACUCAUGAGCUUGACGCUGCUAAGCGUCAGCAGGAGCAGCAACUGGAGUCCAAGUGUCGGGCUGAAAAGGAUGCUAUCAACGAGCGAUGCGCUUAUGACAUCGAUGCUGCUAAACGACAACAAGAGCAACAACUGGACUCCAAGUGUCGAGCCGAAAAGGACGUCAUCAGCGAACAAUGUACCUAUGACAUUGACGCUGCAAAACGUCAGCUACAGCAGCAACUGGAGACCAAGUGUCGGUCUGAAAAGGACCUCAUCAGCAAACAAUGCACUUAUGACAUUGAUGCUGCGAAGCGCCAGCUGGAGCAACAGCUCGAGUCCAAGUGCCAGAGGGAGAAAGAGGAGCUUGACAAGCAAUGCAGUGAUAAUCUUGCCAGGGAGCAAAAGACUUCAGAUGACACAUGUAAACGACAGAAAGACGAGCUUCAAAAGGAUUGUGAAGACCGUUGUAAGACACAGACGCGGGGCAAGGACGACAUCUGCUACAACCCAGGAGGUUUCGGCGCUUGGCCUAGCACGAUUCCGUCCUUUGACAUCGAUGAUACCAAUUAUGUGCUGAAGCGGAACACCAAUCUCAGGCCAGGAUAUUCCAAAGAACAAACGGCUACUUCACCCGCUGCUUGUGCCAGGGAAUUCUGCAACGACGUGAGCGACUGCAUUGCUAUCCGGUGGGAUGUCAACAAGUUGAACACCUGUCAUGUCUUCAUCGACUCGCCGUACAGCCCAUUCGAGAAGAAUCGCUUGAGGGACUACACCGACUCUUACAUGAUUGUCAAGAGUGAAAGGAUGCGGUAA